AAAAUAAUAACAGAAUUAAAAAAAAAAAUGAUUAUUCCUACGGAAGAAAUAAUUCAACAACAACAAAAUUUUGAACAAUUAUGUGAACGUAUCAAAUAUUUAGAUAUACAACAACAAACAAAAGUUAAUAAUAUCAUUAAUAAUAAUCCUAAAUUAUAUUCAACUCAACUUCCUUCAAUUAAUGAAAUGAUAGAUAAUCAAUCAUUAAUAAUACGUAUGGGAGAAUUAGAGGAGAGAAUAAAUUUACAAAAUCAAGAAAUUGAAAAUUUAAGAAAAGAAUUUUCAGAAUUAAAUGAAAAAUUAACUUUAUUAGUUCAAUUAGAAGUAAAUGUUCAACUUGAAUCAAAAUUCAAUUAUAUGAAACAAGAAUUCGAUAAUUAUAAGAAUGAAUUGAAUUCAAGAUUUAAUAAUAAUAAUAAUAAUAUUAAUAAUAUUAAUGAUAAUGAUCUUAAUAAUAAUAAUAAUUAUAAUUAUAAUAAUAGAAUAGCAUUUGAUAAUACUACUCCUCAUUAUAAUAAUUUUGGAAAUAUUCAUAAAGAAUUACAAAAUCUUGCAAAUGAAUUAAAUAAUGAUCGAGAAUCUUUUACAGAAAGAAUGAAUUCUUUAAGAAAUAUGUAUAAUAAUCAAUAUAAUUUUAAUUUUUAAUUAAUACCAGAUACAGUAUUUUAUAAUUAAUUUAUAAUGACUCUUAUUUUAAUAUAAAAUCGUCCUAACUUCCCGAGAUCUGAUCUGAUCUGAUAUCUCAUUUUUUU